AUUGAGUAUAUUGUUUGCACCACAGUGGUCUGUGGGACACUGACCUGUUUGGCUGUUACAUUUGAUGCUUUACCGCUGAGCAGCGUCACCUGAAAAUCUGCUUUCUGAGAAAGGAUUUAAGAUCGUAACAGAUGAGAAUGAAGUGGGUGGUGUGUGUAGGAGUUUUCUGGAUCCUCUCCAUCUCCAUAGCUCAUGCAGACAUUGACAUCUGCAGCCUGAAGCCCAAAGAUCUGCCCCUGGAGCCGGUUUGUAUAUAUCGCAACCCGAACUUCCCCGAGGAAGAAGAACCAGCUGAGACCCCUGAGAAGAUCCCUGGGUCCACCAACCCUCGAGUGUGGGAGCUGUCCAAAGCCAAUGGGCGCUUUGGACUUUCUCUCUUCAAGCAGCUCUCCAAAGGCAAGUCUGAGGAUGCAAACAUCUUCAUGUCCCCGCUCAGCAUCUCAACAGCCUUUGCCAUGACGAAACUGGGGGCUUGCAACAGUACGCUGGAGCAGAUUAUGGAAGUGUUCGAGUUUGACACGAUAAAGGAGAAGACGUCGGAUCAGGUUCACUUUUUCUUUGCCAAGCUGAACUGCCGCCUCUAUCGUAAAACACACAGCUCUGUGGAACUGGUCUCGGCCAACCGUCUGUUUGGAGAGGAAACGUUCGAGUUCAACGAGAACUAUCAGAACAUCAGUGAGAGGGUCUAUGGGGCCAAGCUGCUGCCGCUCAACUUUAAGAAGAAAGCUGAACCUUCAAGGCAGAGGAUUAACGAGUGGAUUUCUGAGAAGACAAACAAUAGAAUAAACAAUACUUUGCCCAACGGUUCAAUAGACGAAAAUACCAUUCUGGUGCUGGUCAAUACCAUCUAUUUUAAGGGCCAAUGGAAACACAAGUUUAACAGACAGAAUACCAGAGAGUCCAAAUUCCAUGUCAGCAAGACACAAAGCUGCCUGGUGCAGAUGAUGUACAAGGAAGACACAUAUCGCUAUGGAAAGUUCCCAGAGGACAAGGUACAGGUGCUCGAGAUGUUCUACAACGGAGAAGGCAUUUCAAUGGUGAUUGUAUUACCACACAAUGAUGCAAAGCUGGCUGAGGUGGAGGAAAAUUUAAGCCUUAAGAAACUCAGUGGCUGGUUGAAUGACACCAAAAAUAAACAAGUGGCAGUGCAAUUCCCGCGUUUCCGCAUAGAGGAUAACUUUAGCCUCAAAGACAAGCUUCAGGCUAUGGGUCUCCAUGAUAUCUUCAGUGCAGAGCAUGCCAGUCUACCAGGUAUGGUAGCGAACAACCACAAUGGCCUUUAUGUUAGUGAUGCCUACCACAAAGCUUUCCUUGAAGUCAAUGAAGAGGGCAGUGAGGCUGCAGCAGCUACUGCUGUAGUGUUCGGUGGUCGCUCCCUCAACCCGAAUCGUGAGGUGUUCAUAGCCAAUCGGCCUUUCUUUAUCUUUAUCCGAGAAACCACUAUCAACACGCUGAUCUUCGCAGGCCGUGUGGCAGAUCCCUGCUGAGGUAGAUAAGGAGAUAGAGAUUCACUCCUUUACCCAUGAUGAGUGAGGUGAAGUGAGAGGAUGAUUAUGAUGGAGCGCUCAAUGACGGUGUUAUUAUUCUCAUCAUUCGGGUGGUAUGAUGGUGUUCCAUUUCAUUAUUCAUUAUAAAUAAAACAAAAAAAUUUAAAA